AUGACUUCUCCACAGGAGCCAAAGUCAUACAUCAAUCUCCAGCUGGGCUGGCCUUCACCAUCACUGUUCCCCAAGAAGCAAUUAGCCGACGCUGCCCAAGCAAUCCUUCUCAAUGAUGACAUUGCGGCCAAGGCUCUAGUCUACGGUCCUGACCAGGGCCAAGACUCCCUCAGAGAAGCUCUCGCCAAAUGGCUCAGUGAUUUCUACCAACCUUCAAUUGGCUCAAUAUCUCCGCAGCGCCUGUUUAUCACCAACGGAGCUUCGGCAACGCUCUCCAUGCUUCUAACAAGAUUUACCGACCCGGAGUUUACUAGGUGUAUCUGGAUGAUCGAGCCAACCUAUUUUCUAGCAUGUCCAUCAUUUCAAGAAGCUGGUUUCGAGGGCCGAAUGCGGGGAGUCCCUGAGGAUGACGAGGGCAUUGACCUUGACUACCUUCGUAAGGGACUGUUGGAGAUGGAAACCAGAGAACCACCCGACCCCGCUUUCGUUAGCACCGUGGUGUCUCCAAAGGUCUACCGACAUGUCAUUUACGUCGUCCCAACCUUCAGCAAUCCCAGCGCAAAGGUCAUGUCUCUCCGCCGCCGGAAGCAGCUGGUCGAGCUGGCCCGGCAGUUCGACGCCCUGAUCAUCGCGGACGACGUGUAUGACUGGCUCCGCUGGCCCGCAGACCAUGGAGCAUCCGGUUCAUCUGAGCUUCCCCCACCUCCCCCGAGACUCGUUGAUGUGGACCGCGCCUUACCAGGCGGCAAACCCUGGGGCAACACGGCGAGCAAUGGUUCCUUCUCCAAGAUCGUCGCGCCAGGGGUGAGAGUCGGGUGGGUCGAGGGGUCUCCUGAGAUGGCGAAGGAGUUGUGCAAACUCGGGUCCGUCAGAUCGGGAGGUUGCCAGGGACAUCUGUCGUCCAUGUUCAUGGGCCAUCUUUUGAGCAGUGGGGCGUGGAUGAGCAUAUCCGCGGGAAGCUGA